AUGGGCGUGUUUGACCUUGGAAUUCCUACUGGAGUUAUCACUGGCGAUAAUGUUCGUAAACUGCUUAAUUAUGCCUUAGAACAAGAAUUCGCUAUUCCAGCAGUCAACUGUACUUCCUCGUCAACUGUUAACGCUGCUUUGGAAGCUGCCCGUGACAUAAAAGCUCCACUUAUUCUUCAAUUAUCUCAAGGUGGUUCCGCUUUUUAUGCGGGAAAAGGCUUAAGUAAUGAUGGUCAAAAAGCCAGUAUUAAAGGUGCUGUCGCAGCUGCACACUACGUAAGAUUGGUUGCAAAGGAUUAUGGAAUUCCUGUUGUAUUGCACUCUGAUCAUUGUGCCAAAAAACUUUUGCCAUGGUUUGAUGGAAUGUUAGAAGCAGACGAAGAGUACUUUGCAAAACAUGGUGAACCUCUCUUUAGUUCUCAUAUGCUUGAUCUUUCUGAAGAACCUAAGGAUGAAAAUAUUGCAAUUUGCAAGAAAUAUCUUGAACGAAUGUCAAAGAUCAAUUUAUUGCUUGAGAUGGAAAUUGGUAUCACCGGUGGAGAAGAGGAUGGCGUAGACAACACUGGUGUUGAUAACAGUGCUUUAUAUACGCAACCCGAAGAUGUUUGGGAUAUAGUUCGUGAAUUGAGUAAAGUUAGUGACAUGUUUACUAUCGCCGCCGCUUUUGGUAACGUCCAUGGUGUCUACAAACCAGGAAAUGUAAAAUUGUCACCAAUCUUACUUAAAAAACACCAAGAUUAUGUUAAAAAACAAUUAAACUGCAAAACUGACAAGCCAGUAUGGUUCGUGUUCCAUGGUGGCAGUGGUUCUGUUAAAGAGGAGAUCCACGAAGCUGUUGGUUAUGGUGUAAUCAAAAUGAAUGUUGACACAGAUACUCAAUGGGCUUAUUGGGAAGGAAUCAAGAAUUAUUAUGAAGGCAAAAAGUUAUUUCUUCAAUCACAGGUUGGAAAUCCUGAAGAUGAAGAUAAGCCUAAUAAGAAGUAUUAUGACCCUCGCGUUUUUAUUCGUGAAGCCGAGAAAAGCAUGGCUAAGCGUGUCCAAGAAGCUUGUCGUGAUUUGGGAAAUGUUAAUCGCUUGUAA